CCUGGGCCCUGGGGAGCCUCAAGGCUUGGGGCAAGCGGAGGGCAACGUGCAGGGUUGGUGCCCUCUGGUGGUCAGUGUUAGCACUGCAUCAGCUGCCUCAGCUGGUGGGACCAGGCAGGAAGCAGAGAAAGUGGCCUGUGCCCCGAAACCGCAAGAUCUAUUGGCUGUCCUUGGCCCCCUUUUCCAGCACAUGAUUCUCUCUGUUGGGUGGAGGGAACCACGCAGAGAGGAGGAGGGACAGGAUAGAGAGUGGGAAGGGUCGGCGUAGAUCUCAAGGAUUGGCUCUCCUGACAUCGCCUCCUUUUGGGGGAUCACGUGGGGCCCUCCUCACCCCGGUGGACAACCCCACAAUGACACGUUGCCACCUGGACGCAGGCAACCCCCCUUUGAUUGGGUGGUCUCUCUAGCUGAGGCCCUCUGUGCUGAACCCUCACGAGGCAGGUGAUGAUGGGGAGGGAAAGGUGACAGGCCGGGGACAUGAUCCCAGGAUGAGUGGAAGGAACUUCUAAAUUAUCCAUCAGCACACCUAUGCAUAAAUGUACACAGAAAAGAGGUGGGGGCACAGGUGGCCAGGGUAUAAAAAGGGCCCGCAAGGGACCAAUGCCAGGAUCCCGAGCCCCAGCUCCCCGAACCGCUCAGGGUCCUGUGGACAGCUCGCCCAGCUGCGAUGACUGCAGUCUCUCGGACCACCCUGCUCCUGGCCAUGGCCCUGCUCUGCUUGCCCUGGCCCCAGGAGGCCGCCGCCUUCCCGGCCAUGCCCUUGUCCAGCCUGUUCGCCAACGCUGUGCUCCGAGCCCAGCACCUGCACCAGCUGGCCGCCGACACUUACAAGGAGUUUGAGCGCACCUACAUCCCGGAGGGACAGCGAUAUUCCAUCCAGAACGCCCAGGCUGCCUUCUGCUUCUCGGAGACCAUCCCAGCCCCCACGGGCAAGGACGAGGCCCAGCAGAGAUCCGACAUGGAGCUGCUCCGCUUCUCGCUGCUGCUCAUCCAGUCGUGGCUCGGGCCCGUGCAGUUCCUCAGCAGGGUCUUCACCAACAGCCUGGUGUUUGGCACCUCGGACCGCGUCUAUGAGAAACUGAGGGACCUGGAGGAAGGCAUCCAAGCCCUGAUGCGGGAGCUGGAAGAUGGCAGCCCCCGGGUUGGGCAGAUCCUCAAGCAAACCUACGACAAGUUCGACACAAACUUGCGCAGUGACGAUGCACUGCUCAAGAACUACGGGCUGCUCUCCUGCUUCAAGAAGGACCUGCACAAGGCUGAGACAUACCUGCGGGUCAUGAAGUGUCGCCGCUUUGUGGAAAGCAGCUGUGCCUUCUAGCCCCACGGCAUCUGCUACACCUCCCCAGCACCUCUCUUUACCCUCGAAAGUGCCACUCCAGUGCCCACCAGCCUGUCUUAAUAAAAUUAAGUUG